CAGCUCCCACGGAAGAUUCUAGCUUGCAAACGUUUAACAAACAGAAACUCUUUCAAGUUUCAUCUCUAAAAAGAAGCUCCACCGCUCACGUCCCACCUGUCCAACACAGUGACAAAAAGAAAGAUAUUUUUCUUUUGGAUUAGUACCAUAAUUUUGGCCAGCCUUGAAUCCGCGAAAGAAGAGAUGGGUAUUCUCGAUCACUUCUCCGAGCUCUGCGAUUCUGGCCCCUCCCAUGACAGCAAGAAGCUCAAGCGCAAGCAGCUACAGCAGACGGUGGAGAUCAGGGUGAAGAUCGAUUGCGAAGGUUGCGAGAGGAAAGUGAGGAGAUCAGUGGAAGGGAUGAAAGGGGUGACCCAAGUGGAAGUCAAUCCCAAGCAGCACAAACUGACGGUAAUCGGGUUUGUGGAUCCGAACAAAGUCUUGAACCGCGUCCGCCACCGGACGGGCAAGAAGGCGGAUCUGUGGCCCUACGUCCCCUACGACGUCGUCGACCACCCGUACGCGCCUGGCUCCUACGACAAGAAGGCGCCGCCGGGUUAUGUCCGGAACGUGAUGUACGACCCCCACGCGUCGGCGCUGGCCCGGGCCACCUCCUUCGAGGUCAAGACCACCACCGCCUUCAGCGACGAGAAUCCCAACGCCUGCUCGGUCAUGUGAGGCCAAGGAUUGUUGGGUGCUGCUGUUUUGUUUUGUGUGAUUGGACAAGUCUGUCUGUGUGGUGGUGAUAUGCAAGAGUAGUUGUGACUGAAUGGAGGGUUUUGCUUUUGGUCUCUCUUCUUUUCCUGUGUUUCAUUUUCCCGUUUUGGUUUUGGCUCCCGCUUGGUUAUUUGGUUCUUACUUUUAUGCUGGUUUGUUUUUGUAUUGUAAUUCGCUGUACAGAGAAACCUAAUUUUAGUUGAAUUUGUGCAUUCGUUGUGAUUGGGGUGUUGAA